AUUGCCAAACCAAAAAGUACACGUACUUGCAGUGCAAAAAUUACUCAGAGGCUACACUCAGUAAAGCCACACGACGCCAUGUAUGUGGGAGGCGCCCUCCCUCCUCCCGUCUCGCUCUUCCUCGCCCCCACACACGACGCAGCAGCUCAGAAGAAGACAGCGCUCAGACACGUAUGUCAUGCAGAAAGAAGACAGCGUUCAGAAGGCAGAUAUGUCCACUCACUCACUCGUCUACUUGCAGCCGAGAGACAAGAAGAACUCCUCGCAGGCUUCCAUUUCAAGGUCGACAUACAUAUCCUCAGCUGGCUCCUCGAUAAUCCCUUCCUCCUCCUCACUCUCUUCUUCUUCUUCCUCUUCACUGGCCUCGUCUCCCUCGUCCAUUGGCGGAGACGGCGCCACUCGCGUUGAGAAGGCGUCGUAGUCAUCAAAUACACCGGCAGGGGCCUCCUCCUCGUAUCGAUUUGGCCUGAUCACCCUGAAGGUGUAGUUGCAGAUCUGGCGUGCAGGCGGCUGUGUGGGCGGGGGCGGCUGCCGAUGCUGUUCUUCUACUGGGAAGGGGUACGUCAGGCGGGGCCUCUGCGCCAGGCCAUAGGUCGGAUCCAGAGGGCCGAUCUCGUGGAGAUGGUCGAUGAUAGGCUCUGUUUGUCCUUUUGCAGGUCGUUUGGCCAGCCUCAUGUCGGCACUGCAAAAGAAGAAAACAACGCGCAAAAAAGAGAGAUUAGGGGCCUGGCUCAGCGAGUGGAUGACGUGCUACCUGAGUGAAGCGCCGAACGCUCCGACAAAGAUCAU